CACAAUUUGGUGGCUGACUAAAUACUUUUUUGCCCCACUGUAGCCACGGGAGGGUUUUUCAAUACCGUCAAUACCUUUUUGAAACUCUUUCAAAUCAAAUGUUAUUUGUCACAUGCGCCAAAUAUGUGCCAUCUUUUCAGUCUCCUGAGGGGGAAAAGGUGUUGUCGUGCCCUCUUCGUGACUGGCUUGGUGUGCUUGGACCAUGAUAGUUUGUUUGUGGGUUGGACACCAAGAAACUUGAAGCUCUCGACCCGCUCCACUACAGCCCCGUUGAUGUGAAUCUGUCUUUCUGCCCCUGAACAAGGCAGUUAACCCACUGUUCCUAGGCUGUCAUUGAAAAUAAGAAUUUGUUCUGAACUGACUUGCCUAGUUAAAUAAAGGUCAAAUAAAAAAAAUAUAUAAAAAAUGUUGACCUGUUUUAAAGGUCUCGCUCACAUCGGCUAGGGAGAACGUGAUCACCCAGUCGUCCGGAACAUCUGGUGCUCUCAUGCAUGCUUCAGUGUUGCUUUCCUCGAAUCGAGCGUAAAAGGCAUUUAGCCUGUCUGGUAGGCUCACGUCACUGGGCAGCUUGCCGCUGGGUUUCCCUUUGUAGUCCGUAAUAGUUUGCAAGCCCUGCCACAUCCAAUGAGCAUCUGAGCCGUUGUAGUAUGAUUCAAUCUUAGUCCUGUAUUGAUGCUUUGCUUGUUUGAUGGUUCGUCUGAGGGCAUAGCGGGAGUUCUUAUAAGUGUCUGGAUUAGUGUCCCGCUCCUUGAAAGCGGAAGCUUCUGGUUGGGAUAUGUACUUGUGGGGACGACGUCGUAGAUGCACUUAUUGAUGAAGCCGGUGACUGAGGUGGUAUACUCCUCAAUGCCAUUAGAUGAAUCCCAGAACAUAUUCUAGUCUGUGCUAGCAAAACUGUCCUGUAGCGUAGCAUCUGCCACAUCUGACCACUUCCAUAUUAAGCCACUGGUACGUCCUUCUUCAUUUUUUGCUUGUAAGCAGGAAUCAGGAGGAUAUAAUUAUGGUCAGAUUUGCCAAUUGGAGGGCGAGGGAGUGCUUUGUAUACAUCUCUGUGUGGAGUAAAGGUGGCCGAGUUAAUUUUCCUCUGGUUACUCAUGUGACAUGCUGGUAGAAAUUAGAGGUGGACCGAUUAAUCGGCAUGGCCAAUUGGCCGAAGUUUUCAUAACAAUCGGUAAUCUGCAUUUUUGGAUGCCGAUUUACAUUGCAAUCCACGAGGAGACUGCGUGGCAGGCUGACCACCUGUUACGUGAGUGCAGCAUCAAAAGGACCUGGUGGCUGCAAGGAGCCAAGGAAGGAACGUCCCAUCUCCAUGGGGUUAUUCCAGUUACCAGGAAGUGAUUUGACCCCUGACCCACAGAGGGAAACCGUGGAAACGCCGUCUGAACCCUGGAGAUAUAACGACCUGAGCCACCCUCACUCCAACACCAGCCUUAAGGAUGAGAUGUCAAAUGCUAACCGUGGAGGCUCCAAGUCCAACCCACCUAUGUCUCCUAAAGGGGGCUCCAAGUCGGGGACCCCCAUGUCCAGCCAAGGAGCAGGCUCCAAAAUGUCUUCUCAAGAAGAGUCCAAAUUCAGUACCCCUAUUUCAUCUCAAGGGGUGGACUCAAAGUCGGUUACCCCAAUGUCCAGUCAAGGGGGCGGGUCUAUGUCGGCCACUCCCAUGUCUACUUCUGCGUCUGAUGUUGCCAUGGCAUCUGUGGGCACACCCCACCAGGAAGAGUUAGAGGAACUGAGCGAGGGUCUGAACAGGAACCUGGACAGAAGCGACAGGAAGCCAGAGAACAUCAGCAGUAAGAACACCACAGUACAGGAGGGACAGGACUCCGAGCUGAGAGGAGCAGGAGUCAGAGGAGGGUCAGGACCUCUCACAGACGCAGCAGAUGAUAACACUGAGUCAUCAGAGGUGCAGUCCAUCAUAGAGUCCACUCCUGAACUGGACAUGGACCUCAGUGGCUACAAAGACGCCAGUACUCCUUCUAAAGGAGUAGGUAUAGAAAAUAUGGCGUUCGACAGGAACACAGAGUCUUUGUUUGCGGAGCUGUCCUCGGCAGGACCCGACAUGGGAGUAGACAUAGCAGACAUGGACGAGGGGGCCGACCUGCUCGGUAUGGGUCGUGAAGUGGAGCACCUCAUCCAUGAGAACACUCAGCUGCUGGAGACCAAAAAUGCGUUGAAUGUGGUGAAGAAUGACCUGAUAGCGCGUGUAGAUGAGCUGUCGUGUGAGAAGGAGGUGUUGCAGGGAGAGCUGGAGGCUGUGACUCAGGCCAAGACUAGACUGGAGGAGAAGAACAAGGAGCUAGAGGAGGAACUCAGGAGGGUUCGGGUGGCAGAGGAAGACAAAGUGAAGACCAAGAGUGAGGAAGAUGCGGAUGUUCCCACGGCUCAGAGGAAGAGGUUCACCAGGGUAGAGAUGGCCAGAGUCCUCAUGGAGAGGAACCAGUACAAGGAGAGACUGAUGGAGCUACAGGAAGCUGUACGAUGGACAGAGAUGAUACGAGCAUCUAGAGAGAACCCUGCCGCCGCAGACAAGAAGAAAUCCAGCAUCUGGCAGUUGAGUUUCAGCCGGUUGUUCAGUUCAAGUGGUGGAGCAGCUAAGAAGCCGGCCGAGGCGGCUCCAGUCAAUGUAAAGUACAACGCCCCCUCGUCCCAGGUCCAGCCCUCCGUGAAGAAGAGGAGCGCAGCGCUGCAACAACUACCCAGUGACAAGAGCAAGGCCUUCGACUUCCUCAAUGAGGAGUCUGAGGCAGGCAACAUGGUGUCUCGUAGGGAGCAGAAGAGAGCCCAGUACAGACAGGUGAAAGCCCACGUUGAGAAGGAAGAGGACGGCCGGGUACAGGCCUAUGGGUGGAGCCUGCCACAGAAAUUCAAGGUGGCCAACGGUGGUCAGACGUCCGAGAACAAGAUGAAGAAUCUACCUGUACCGGUCUACCUCCGACCACUGGAUGAGAAAGAUGCUACCAUGAAGCUGUGGUGUGCUGUAGGUGUGAACCUGUCAGGGGGUAAGACUCGUGACGGGGGGUCAAUAGUAGGAGCCAGUGUGUUCUACAGUGACCUGACCAGCCCUGGUCCUGAGAGCCGUUGCAGGAAGACAGGAUCACAGAGCAGUCUGGACAAACUGGACCAGGACCUGAAGGAGCAGGAGAAGGAGCUGCAUCACCAGGAGGAGCUGUCCUCUCUGGUCUGGAUCUGUACCAGUACUCAGGCCACCACGAAGGUCAUCGUCAUCGAUGCCAACCAGCCUGGGAACGUCCUGGAGAACUUCUUAGUCUGCAACUCCCACGUCCUCUGCAUGGCCAGCGUGCCAGGUGCUAGAGAGACUGACUACCCGGCAGGGGAGGAGGUACCCCAUAACCCGGAGGCGGGGUCAGGUGCUGAGGGCGGGACUCUCGAAGCCAGCACAACCAGUAGUGGCUCAGGGGGCGAAGCUGGAGUGCUGGCAGGGAUCAAUGUGGUUGGCUGCUCUACUGAGGGGGCGGUGGCUACCCCCCAGACAGCAAGCCCAGAGAAUGAGACCGACACAGACUUCAAGGCUGCAGAGGAGGCUACUGAAGCUACAGAGGUCAGUGCAGGUCCCGCAGGUCCGGAGCAUGACUUAAGUCAGAGGGGAGUCUACACUGAACAUGUCUUCACUGACCCUCUGGGUGUUCAGAGUACUAGCCCUGGGAAGUCGCCAGCCAACUACACACAGAGGGAGUCUGAUCUGGUAAAGGAUGGUGUGAGCUCCAACCCUAACUUAGAGGAACAGGACCUGAUGAGAGAAGAAGCCCAGAAGAUGAGCAGUGUUUUACCCACCAUGUGGCUGGGGGCACAGAACGGAUGUGUGUACGUGCACUCGUCAGUGGCCCAGUGGAGGAAGUGUCUCCACUCUAUAAAGCUGAAGGACUCUGUCCUGGGCAUCGUCCAUGUGAAGGGGAGAGUGUUGGUGUCUCUGGCUGAUGGAACACUGGCUAUCUUCCACAGAGGAGUGGAUGGUCAGUGGGAUCUGACCAACUACCACCUGUUAGACCUGGGCAGACCCCACCACUCUAUCCGCUGUAUGACAGUGGUUCACGACAAGGUCUGGUGUGGCUUCAGGAACAAGAUCUACGUUGUCCAGCCCAAAGCCAUGAAGAUAGAGAAGUCAUUUGAUGCCCACCCCCGUAAGGAGAGCCAGGUGAGACAGCUGGCGUGGGAUGGAGAUGGUAUCUGGGUGUCGAUCCGACUGGACUCUACUCUGAGACUGUUCCACGCCCACACACACCAACACCUGCAGGAUGUCGACAUAGAACCCUACGUCAGCAAGAUGCUGGGUACGGGGAAGCUGGGCUUCUCGUUUGUCAGGAUCACAGCUCUCAUGGUGUCCUGUAACCGUCUCUGGGUCGGCACUGGCAAUGGAGUCAUCAUCUCUAUACCUCUCACUGACACCAAUAAGGUGACGGCGGGGCCAGGUAAACCUGGUGGAACAAUCUGUGUGUAUGGUGAUGAGAACAGUGACAAGGUGACAGCUGGAACCUCUGUACCCUUCUGCUCCAUGGCUCACGCUCAGCUCUGUUUCCAUGGUCACCGAGAUGCCGUCAAGUUCUUCACGGCUGUCCCAGGUCAGGUGAUCCCGUCAGGUGCUGGCGGAGCAGCAGAAGUGGGGAGUGACAAGUUGGUAGAGGAGCACCCUCAACAACAGCAGGAAAGGUCUGUUCUAGUGUUGAGUGGUGGAGAGGGAUACAUUGACUUCAGGAUGGGUGACGAGGCUGGGGAAACUGAGGAGCCACUGGAUGAGCACACUCUGAAGCUGCAGCCUUUCCUGGCUAAAGCUGAGAGGAGUCACCUGAUCGUCUGGCAGGUCAUGGGCAGUCAGGCCUGAACUUUUAACCCUUGAUCUCUAACCCUGCCACAGAGAUGAAGAAUGGGAGGAGCCUGCUCGAAGCAGGAACAAAGCUGGCCAAUCAGAUUCACUCCUCUGCAUGUUUCUUUUUGUUUUACGGUUAUUUUUUAUUUAAUUUGUAAUUUUACUGAUUGUAUUGAAUUUUAAAUCUGAUACAAGCCCGUUGCUCUUCUAUUAUUAUUUUUAUUAUUUAUUUUUUUUAUUAUUAUUGAAAACUAAAUCAUUUCUGUUUAUUUAAUUUUCUUAGGUCAUGUUUUACACUUGGUUUUAUAUUGUAUGCCUAGUGUCCAACCAACCCCUUUGUCCAAAUACUGCGUGGUGAUUGGUGGGAAUCAAUGUAGGUUCAGGUUCAGUCUUUGGCCACACCCCUGUCCUCAUCUUUGCUUCCUUUCAGUAAAGGACCGAUGGAACAGAGGAGACAAUACUGUAUGAAACUGUACGAAACACCUGCACACAGGAGAAUAAUAAUGUCGGUGUUUGAACUGCAAAACCAAAUCAACUGCAUGAUGUCCAAUAAGAAAGCAAGUAUUACAGGACAAUCCAGCGAUGGAGCCAAUCGUGUGUGUCCUAAAUGAUACAGGUGUGCUCUUCUUUCAUGAUCAAUUUUAUUUUGUGAGAACAUGGAUGUUGAUUUUACGCAAUACAGUUUAAUCAAUUGUCAGUUUUCUGGACUUGGGAUCAGUGUUGUUCUCCAUGACUAUGGUCUAUGGAAAACCUGAUAGAUCGCAGAUCAAUCAUGUCUGCAGCUGCAGGGUCAGAGAAUCACCCUAUUCCAAUACCUAAAAAUGCAUCCUCCCUUCCUAGGGGUAAUUACAACUGGGUUGGAUUGAUGAUUGAGACAGAUUAGUAGUUAAUUACCUCACGGAAGGUAGGUAGGAAGGCAGGGUUGCACUUUAAGUGUGUUGGAACAGGGUCUCUGACUUUAGUUUCUGGGCCGCUGCUCUCCCAUCCUGCUCUCCCAUCUUCCUUCCCAUCAGCUAGAGCUUGCAGACAUUUUACAAAAAUCAACUGUUGCCUUAGGUUUGAAAGUUUUUAAAAAAUAAGAAAAAGGAAAUGUUUAACUGCAUUAUGGACUUUUGAAGUGUGACGGAGUAUGUAUACCUAUGUGAAAGAAUGUUACCAAAGGAAAAAUAAUUUCAGUUGAUCAGAAUAAAGUAAAUGUACAGUGUUGUAGCAGUAUUUUCAACCCGUCUCUCUGUAGAUACAAUAACAUUUUGACAGACCGUCUUUGUUAUAAGGUUCGUGGUGUAUGGAUAGAUAUAUUUUUAAGCCAUCUCUGCCAAUGCAGAGGUGUGAUUGUGUAUAAUAGCUGGUUUCUCUGCGCCUGGAAUCUUUUGUAUGCUGAGAGUAGAUGUUACCCAUAGGCACAGAUCUAGGAUCAAUUUACCCUCCGCAAAUCUCAACGUGAACAAUUAGGGGAGGAACAACUCAACACUGACAUUAGAUAAGCGUCUAGGGGCAACGUCUUCCUUUUACCUUUUGUACACUAGGGGACAGAGUGACUGAUCUCUGACCAAACAGGAUCCCUCCUGAUAGGUUGAUAUGAUACUGAAGUUUUCAGAGACUAUUUGAAGCCUAUUUUUAUUAUUGACUUUUUGUAUGUUUGUCUUUUCGACCCUAAUCUGUGGUUGCUUCUAGAUGGGGAGUAUAAGGUGUCAUUUAAUCUGUGGUUGCGUCUAGAUGGGGAGUACGGUGUCAUUUAAUCUGUGGUUGCGUCUAGAUGGGGAUUACGGUGUCAUUUAAUCUGUGGUUGCGUCUAGAUGGGGAGUACGGUGUCAUUUAAUCUGUGGUUGCGUCUAGAUGCGGAGUAAAGUGUCAUUUGACAUCCUCUGCCGGAGUCUGGUCUGUGUACCAGCAGAUUGUGCUGGUGAGUGUUACUACGGUGUCUGUCGUGAGGAGUGAACGAGGGCGUGUGUUUUGCCUUUGCUGGUCUGUGUGUCUGUCUGUCUGUCUGUCUGUCUGCUCUCCAGGAGAAGAGACCUUUCAUAUCGCAGUUUAGCCAUUUCAGUAUUUAUUUCUAUGAAAGAGUCUUUGCAGUUCAGAAUGUAACUUUGUACCAUAUGAAAUAUGACUAUGAAUAUAAAUUGUAUAUGAAACAUUGAAA